CUAAUAUUUAAAUUUCAUAAAUGGAGGAAAAAGAACAAGUAGCCAGCAUCCCAUUUAUUACAUUUAAUAAGCAAUUUGAUGUCAAUCCAGAGGCCUUAGAUUUCCUCAGUCAGUUUAAAGGCAAACUAGGGGUUAUCUCUAUCUGAGGAAAGUACAGAACUGGAAAGUCAUAUCUCCUUAACCGGGUGGUCGAGGAUAAAAUUAAAGAAGACUUGGAUAAAUCUGGUUUUAUUGAGAAGAAAAUGACAUUUAACGUUGGUCCAACAGUCAAUGCAUGCACCAAAGGUCUCUGGAUUCUUAAUAAACCUAUUUACAUUACUAAAAAUGGAGAAGAAAUGCCAAUAAUUGUGGUUGAUACUGAAGGGCUUGGGGCGAUUGAUGAAGACCAAAAUCAUGAUUCUAAAGUCUGCCUUCUAUCUCUCUUGCUUUCCAGUCUCUUUGUGUACAACAGUGUGGGAACUAUUGACGAGACUGCUCUCAAUUCUCUUGCUCUCGCGAUUAAUCUAUCAGCCCAGAUUGAAGACCUGGGAGAGUACUUCCCAGCUUUCCUCUGGGUUUUGAGAGAUUUCUCUCUUAAACUAGAGGACGAGAUAGGCAAUGAAAUAUCUGCCAAGAUGUAUCUAGAUCUUGCUCUUAAAGAACAGAAAGGUUCUUCUGAUAAUGUUGAAUCAAAGAAUAGGAUAAGGAGGAUGAUAAAGCACUUCUUUCAGGAAAGAGACCUCAGUGUGCUAGUCAGGCCUACUGAAAAAGAGUGAGACCUGCAAAAUUUAAUGGAGAUGAGGAAUGAAGACUUAAGAGAUCAGUUCAUCAAAGGACUUAGUCAUUUAAAGAAUAAGAUAUUUAAGAAAGUGCAACCCAAGAAGUUAAAUCAGCAUUAUAUAAAUGGAUCAAUGCUAGGAGAUCUCGCUGUAGCUUAUACUAAGGCUCUUAAUCAAGGAUCAAUUCCAAAGAUUGAGAAUUGAUGGGAUUAUAUGAUUGACGCUGAGAACCUGAAAGGACUUCAAGCAGCUUUUAAAUCAAUGCAAGCUCAAAUUGAUGAGAUAAUACCCAAUCUUCCCAUGGAUGAAGACCAACUCCUUGAGAGAAAGAAUUUGAUAUUCAAGAAUACAGUUAGGUUAUUCCAAGAAGUUUCUAUGAUUCACAAAGACCAGGGCUUAGAUUCCCAUAUUGAGAAGAUAGCGAACAAGCUUGAGCAAGAGUAUUCAAAACUUCUCAAAGAGAAUCGUGAAGUGAUAAAGCAGAUGCUCCAAGAUUACUUUGAGAACAAUUUCAAACCACUAGUGAAUUCAAAUUUGAGUCAACAAAAAUAUCAAAGUUUUCAGGACUAUGACAAAGAAAUGGAGCUGUUCAAGGUAGAAUUUAUUAGAAAAAUGGAAGGCAAGGCUAAUAAUGUUGAACUCUUGAUUGACCAGAUCUUCCUCAGAUACAAUUCUCUCGUGUACAAAGAAAUAGCAUCUACCAGCAAGCAUAACUCUGAGAUCGAAUUCGCAGCUACUAAGGAAAGAUUAAGGAUAGCUGAAGAGGACAUUCAGAGACAAAGAAUCGAAUUCUUAGAAUCCAGAAGUCUUCUGGAAAGCAAGAUCAAACAACUUGAGGAUGAACGAGUGCAAUUUUCCGCUCAAAACCAGAUCUUGAGUGAGAAGAUCUCCCUUAAAGAUAAGGAAAUCCUAAAUGUCUCUCUAACCUGGAAGCAAAAAUACGAAGAAGUUAAUGAAAAACUGGUUAAAAUUAAUGAGAAGUAUUCUAUACUUGAUGAAAAGUACCAGGAACUCAAGGAUGAAUCUUCCCAGAAAGAUACUACCUUUAUUAAAGAAAACAGUGAGAUCAUGGCCAAAAGAGAACUAGCAGAGAACGAAGUCCGGUUUUUGAGAGAACAGGUUAAUAAUAAAGAAGAAAGAAUUGAGGACUUACAGGAGACUAUACUUAAUUUGAAAGAAGAAAACCAACAGAAAGAUAUCCAGCUUAAAGAAGCAUCAGUUCUUCAAGAGAAGGAGCUAGGAGAUAUCAGAGAUAAAGAGAUUGAGAGAUAUAGACGAGAUAUAGAGCAUAUUAAGAAGGUCAAGGAGAAUAUUGAAGUUAAUUACCAGUCCUUGCAGAAGGAGAAUAUUGAGGCUAUUAAUAGAAAUACCGAUUUGAAUAAGGUUCAUCAGAACAUGGUGGAUGAGAAACAACAGAAUAAGAAGUUGACUAAGAAGCUAUUGGACCAUUUAAAAAGUAAAUUGAUAGAGAAGCAUGAGUCUAACUGAACUCUCAAAAAUAUGUGAGCAAGUAUGGAGCAAAACUUUAACCAAAUGCAAGCUGAACAAACUCAAAUGAAAGAGCAAAUAGAAGCUUAUAAAAGAUACGAAACUGCAUUUGAAGGUUGAGUUAGUCUGAAGUGUAAAUCAUGUAUGAAGUUGAUUUCUUCUUCAAAUUUUCUAGACCAUCAAGAGUUGUGCAGUAACUUAUUCUCAAUCCCGUUAGAUAUAACAGUAUGUGACUUUGUAAAACAGUCUUCUCCAAAUGAUAGGUCUCCACACUAUGCAUAUAACAUCAGUGUCACAUUCCUGAACACCACCUGGUAUAUUACUAAGAGGUUCAAGCAGUUGUGGCUUUUACACAGGAAGUUGAUGACAUGUUUCCAGUAUAACCAAGAGAGGUUCUCUGAGUUUUUAGAGUGUACCAAACACCUGGUUUUUGAUGAUAAAAAUGAAAAAGUGAACGAUAAAGAGAGAACUAAGCUUGCCAACCAGAGAAUGUACUUUAUAAGAGAUUAUUUGGCAGCUAUUAUAGAUCUUGAAUAUGUCAGGAAGAACUUAGAAUUCAAUAAGUUCAUGGAGAUUUAUGAGCACUUUGAUGAGAUACAGGAGAAUGCAGAAGUAGUUGAGGAGAGGAGUGAUAAUAUGGUUGAGGAAGAAUCAGGAGAAGAGAAUCAGAGAAUCGAGGGUCUGAAUCAGCAACUGACCUCCUUCAUUUCAAUGAAUAAUCAAUAA